AAAGGCUGAUGGAUAUUUAAACACUAAAGGACCCAUAACUUCAGGAAACACGGUUCCUUCCACUUCCAAUUCUGAGAACUCCAAUCGAGGUUAUAUUUGCUGUAAUACCUAGCAAAAGAGUGCCCAGAUUCCACAAAAAUGUCCUUAUCAAACAAAUUAGCUAUCACUGACAUUGACCUUCACGGAAAGCGUGUUCUGAUUCGAGUUGAUUUUAAUGUGCCAUUGGACUCGCACAACAAUAUCACAAAUAACCAACGGAUUGUCGGCGCAUUGCCCACCAUCAAAUAUGCCAUUAACCAUGGGGCCAAAUCUAUUAUUUUGAUGUCUCACCUUGGUCGACCGGAUGGAAGACCGAAUGGCAAAUAUAGUCUGGCACCAGUUGCACCUGAGUUGGAAAAGCUCCUUGGCACGCCAGUCAAAUUUGUACAUGAAUGCGUCGGCAGGGAAGUUGAAGAAACCGUUUCCAGUGCAAAUAACGGACAAGUUAUCCUACUGGAAAACCUCCGCUUUCAUCCGGAAGAGGAAGGGAGCUACAAAGAUCAAGAGGGGAAAAAGGUUAAGGCUGAUAAAAACAAAGUCGAAGAGUUUCGCAAGGCAUUGACUGCAUUGGGAGACGUGUACAUCAACGAUGCUUUCGGGACAGCCCACCGAGCGCAUAGUUCUAUGGUUGGAAUCAACCUACCAGAAAAAGCGUCAGGUUUUCUGGUCAAGAAAGAACUUGAAUAUUUCGCGAAAGUCCUGGAAAAUCCACAGCGUCCCUUCUUGGCAAUUCUUGGAGGCGCUAAAGUUUCGGACAAAAUCCAAUUGAUCGACAACCUCCUCAGCAAAGUAAACAGCCUUAUUAUUUGCGGCGGGAUGGCAUUUACCUUCAAAAAGGUUCUCGACAACAUGAAGAUUGGGAACAGUCUAUUUGACGAGUCUGGCAGUAAGACUGUUAACCAGAUCAUGGAGAAGGCGAAGCAAAACAACGUGGAGGUUGUCCUCCCUGUGGACUUUGUCACUGGCGAUAAGUUUGCUGCUGAUGCUAAGGUUGGCUAUGCCACUGAUGCCGAUGGUAUUCCGGAAGGAUGGAUGGGUCUCGAUUGCGGUGAAAAGAGUGUGGAGCUAUUCAAAGCGGCGAUCAAUGAAGCCAAGACCAUUCUUUGGAACGGUCCUCCUGGUGUAUUCGAAAUGGACUCGUUCGCCAAUGCGACCAAAAAGACACUCGAUGCUACUGUGGCUAGCGCGCAAGAGGGUAAGGUAGUCAUCAUUGGUGGUGGAGACACCGCCACCGUCGCAGCGAAGUACGGUGUUGAAAACAAAUUAAGUCAUGUCUCAACUGGCGGAGGAGCAUCGUUGGAACUUCUCGAAGGCAAAGAACUGCCUGGGGUUUCUGCUCUGUCAAGUAAAUGAGUUUGCUUAUUUUCUAGCUUCUAAAGUCUAAGUUUCAUGUCCCAAAGGAAAUGAUUCGGGACUUCGUGGCCGAAACGGAAUGACUGAAGACCAGACUUUAGGCUUGCCGAAUAUUCGCAGUUCUGUACAGAAAUCCCUUUGACUUUUAAUUUCGCAUUAUCAAAUUUUUCGCGUGAGAACUCCCAUGGAUAACACAAAAUGAUGGGUGUUUGUUACAUGCCAUGCAGUGACUCUUGUGGACUCUUGUGUUAUGAAACACGCAGGAGAAUAUUGCAAAUCUAUCUCUCAAAUAG